AUGACAACAUACACGCGUCCGCCACAGAACUGGCCGACCAACCUGCCGUAUCUAUCUACUGUACAUCUGGACAGUUCACUCGCCCCAAGUCAGCGCGAAUUGGUUCAGUCGACUCGUUCCCCGGACCCAGAUGCAUACAUGGUGUCCGCUCAAUCAUACCCGCAAUCAGGACUGUUCGCUGCUCGUCAGCUAGCCCCAGGCACGCAUAUUAUCGACUAUACAGGUCUGCUGCACUCUUGCCCCUUGUCUACAUGCAGCAUCAGCGACUAUGAUCUUGCUUUCCUGGACCGGGAUGCCUCCAUUGCAAUAGAUGGUGCCGGCAUGGGCAACGAAGCUCGCUUCAUCAACGAUUAUCAUGGCGUCAGAGAUGGACCGAAUGCGGUUUUCGAGGAGUACUAUGUCAAGGUCAAGGGGCCGAAGGGUAAAGAGAUGUGGGAGGCGAGGAUGGGAGUUUGGGUGAAUCCGUUGAGUACCGGCGUUGCGAAGGGAGAGGAAAUCUGCUUGAGUUAUGGCAAGGGUUACUGGAGGGCCAGGUUGGGCGCCAUGGAGCAACGGAAGGAAGAUGAUUCUCGCGCUGGCGCAGCGGCAAAGAAUGAGACUGAUUUGAGCGAGAAAGUCAUGUCCAUGACAGUUAAGGAUGGAAAAGGUUGA